UAGAUAUUAAAAGUAUAUCUAUAAGAUCACAAAGUAUAUAUUGAGACAUCAUGAGAUUAUUCUACAAUUUAAUAAUUUUUUAAUAGUUCUUCAAGAACAACAUAAAGCAACCGAUUAUUUUUUCUCUCAAGUUGAUUGCUCGAACAUCCGCUCAAUUAGUAAUUCAAGUAAUCGAGAAAGACGACUUUAAUACUCAAAUAGUCUGGGCGAAUAUUCAUUCACGUUAAAAAAUGAAGGGUUUGUGGAUCCUCAUCAUUCUGAUGAUUGUAACUGCACAUUCGUCGGUGGAAGGAAAGAUAUACACACAAUGCGAGGCAGCAAGGCAGUUAGUGAUAGCCAGAAUCAGUAGGUCCUUCAUCAGCAACUGGGUCUGCCUGAUGCAAUACGAAAGUGGGAUGAACACGCAUCUGGUAACUGGUCCAAAGAGAGGUUCCAGCUAUUCUUAUGGUAUCCUUCAGAUCAACAGUGUCGAGUGGUGCACUAGAGGGCAUAGAGGUGGCAACUGCGAUAAGCGCUGCGAGGACUAUCUGAGUGACGAUAUACAGGAAGACAUCGUGUGUGCCAAGAAGAUCUUCGAUCAGCAUGGAUUCAAGGCUUGGGAUGGAUGGGUCAAGAACUGCAAGAACAAACCAUUGCCAAACCUCGCACACUGCUUCCGGCGGAAAAGAAUGACGACCGAAGUCUAGACUGAUUCUGUGAUGAUUAGGUGAUUGUGACAUUGUUUCACACAUUGACUGCAAUAUCGAUACAAGGCUCAAAUUGAUUUUGCUUUUAAUUUCACUACUUGUAAUCAUUCACGAAUUAAAUUUUACUAACUUACAUAAUUGAUUCCAUCAGAUCAUUUCAACAGAUUACGUAUCUGUUUCCAUUAAAGGAUUCGUCUAAUUGCGCGCACCGUACCUGUUGAACGUAAUAAAAACAAAAUACGCUGUGUGUUUUAUAAAUAUGAACGGAUUGGAUCAACGCCAUUUAUGAUGUAAUGCUCUACAGCCAUUUUAAAUCUACGUUGCACAGCUUGACAGACUACGCGAAAUGGUUUAGAAAUUCCGACUGUUAGAAUCGCAAAACUGUACGUGAUGAGAUUUCGCUGAUGUCUUCCCGAUUUCAUCCCUUUAUACUCAUACUGUUACGUGUGCGGCAUUCAAGAAGAUCGUUUUUUGCUCCUAAGUCCGAAUGUCAUAUUUACGACAUUCAGAAAUAUGAUGAACAAGUCUUAUGUAACUAAAUAUCUCUGUGUUGAAGUAAAGAAGUAAGCUUUUAAAAAUUUCUUAAAGAGAAAAAUGUAUAUAGAAAUGUUACAAUACAAGUUAAUAAUGUCGUAAA